AUGAAUUUGAGAAAGAUCGAGGAUGUUUAUAUUGCAAAAUACACUAAAGAUAAUUGGGAAUCUUUAAGACACGAAUGGGAACCUUACGCUAAAAGAGAUACGUUAUGUCUCGGAGCUUGUUUGAUAAAAUACAAUCAAGCAAUGAAAGAAGUUGUAUUUCAGAAUAUUUCCAAUAAUCUAACGGCUCCUUCUUUAUCUUUAAAGGGUUGGUAUUAUUUAUAUCAUUACGAUAAAGAAAUGGUUGAAGAAGAAUGGUAUGAAACUACUAGAAUGGUUCCGAAACACACCGAAAAAGAAAACGUAGAAAAAGUUUACUCACAUACUCACCCUUUUAUAAGAUAUAUUAUCAGACAAAGUAUUAAAGGAGGAAGAGUUUCGGUAAAUCGAAAAUCAUUUGAAACGAAUAAAAUGGAUGAAAUUUGUAAUAUAUUAAAGGAAUACAAUGCAAGUGACACUGAUAAUAUAAUUGAUUUAUUCAAAGAAUAUAGCGCUAGCACGAAAGAUAAAACGGAGGUUCAUUCGAGACUUAAAAAAAUAAAAUGUACUAAACUGAUGGCAUUUGACGCUAACGGUUUGUACGCUUCCGCCAUGUCGGAUUUAGAUAGCGAAUAUCCGAGAGCGGAAAGUGGUAGACACUUUCUACCGGAAGAAAAUAAAGAAUUUGUCAAGCUCUUUAAUGAACAAAUUCAGACCUAG